AUGCCCGAGACAAAAGACCAAGGAGAAAAGAAGGAUCAAUCAGCGCCACCACCUCAGCCCAAAGAAUCGCAUGAACAUGAGGAGGUUUGUCUGUUAUCCGAUGCGUGUGCUCAAAGCACAGCUAAUUGUCAGCAGCAUCAUCACGGUAAAGACUUUGCAAAACGGGCCGGCCACGCAAUCACUUUUGGUGCAGGUGCCACGAUUGGAUCAGACGCUGUAAAUGGGAUCAUCAAAAACCUGUGA